CUACGGAGUUGUGCGAGGAGUUCUGUUGAUUAGGCUGAAACCAAGGAAAUUUUAGGGAAAAAAUCUCUGUUUACAUUUGUUAGUACUAAAGCGCAUAAAUUUUCAAGAACCUUCCGUUCUGGUACAUUCCGAUGAGGGCUUCACCUAACAGAAUCAUGGCUCUUAGCUUGUCAAAUGCUACUGCUCGGGAAUGGUUUGCAAAGACGAGGGAUGGAAUUCGUCCAUGGGGAGAGUUCAUAAACACUGGAAGAUUUCAGACCCCAAAAUCUGUCGCUCCUAUGCCUAAAAGAAUUAUUAAAAAUAUUGAACAUUUUCAGAGCAACUACUUGUUUGUGUUCAUUGGUCUUGUUGUGUUCUGCAUAUUGACCUCUCCGAUGUUACUCAUUGCCAUAGCAGCUUGUCUAGGAGCGUGUUAUAUAAUCAGCCUAAAGAACCGAGAUAACAAACUUAAAAUUAUGGGUCGAGAACUAAGUUUAGCUCAGCAGUAUGGCGCAGUUGGUUUAUGUUCAUUUCCCCUGUUCUGGUUGGCUGGUGCAGGAUCUGCAGUCUUCUGGGUUAUUGGUGCCUCAUUCUUUGUGAUUAUGUUACAUGCCUCAUUCUAUACUCCUGGAGAUGAAGGAGAACCAUUCGAUCUGGAAAUGGAACCAGUCUAAUGUUCAUAUUUAACAUUGGCAUUUGAAGUAACCUUGACCUUGCCUGAUGAAACAAUAAUGUUUUAAGAAGAGUGUAUUAUAUGUGGAUAUGUUUUUAAAGCAGCACAUCUUCAGAUGAGUAACUUGAAAAUUAUGAUGGCGUCAGUAAACAGAAGAGUUCAAAGUAUAGAUAUUUGGAUUUUCCAAUUCUGCUUGAUAAAUUAUAACUCAUAAAUUUUCUUCAGUUUUACAAGUUUGCUUGUUACAUAAUAUGCUAUAUGUUGGAAUAGGUGUAAUAUUACCGCAAUUAUAGUAAUAGAUCAGUCCUCUAUUAGUGGACCUGAAGUGGCAUUGUUCACAAACAAGUCUGGUACACAGCAGAAGACAAUAUUAAUUGCGAUUUAAAGGAAUUCAUCAUUUUUAAGAGAUGAAAUAUUACAAUCGUUACUCAUCAGGAGGAAUGCUGCUAUAAUAAGACUUUGAUUGUGGUAAUUGAGUGAUCAUUAUAUAACUGAAAUACAGAACAAUGUAUAUAAACUACAUUCAUACUCGAUGUUUUAUUUAUUGAUGCAUUAUAGCUCACCUGAGAACAACUUGCUCAGGUUGAGCUAUUGUGAUCGCUCACCGUCCACUCUAGUGGUCCUCUACCAAGAUUGUUCAGAUUAUCCCCCGAGGGUCAGAUAUGGCCCCGCCCUGGGGUCACAUGGUUUGCAUAGACUUAAAACUUUGAAAAUCUUCUUGUCCAAAACCACAGGGACUAUGGCUUUGAUAUUUGGUAUGUAGCAUCAUCUAGAGGUCCUCUACCAAGAUUGUUCAAAUUAUCCCAACCUAGGGUCAAAUAUGACCCCGCCCUAGGUGUCACAUGGUUUAUAUAGACUUGUAUAGGAAAAAACUUUGAAAAUCUUCUUGUCCAAAACCACAGGGCCUAGGGCUUUGAUGUUUUGUGUGUAGCAUCAUCUAGUGGUUCUCUACCAAGAUUUUUCAAAUUAUCCCUCUAGGGUCAAAUAUGGCCCCGCCCUAGAGGUCACAUGGUUUAUAUAGACUUAUAUAAGAAAAACUUAGAAAAUCUUCUUGUAGAAAUUUGAACGACCUGUAUAAUUUUUGAUACAGAUUUCAGUGCUCAUCUUGAAGUCUAAUCUUGACCUGCUGACCAACUUUCUUGAUUUUGAAGGUACAGCGUUGAAGUUUGACCCACCUGUGUAACUUUUGAUACAGAUUUCAACACUUAUCUUUAAUAUUCUUAACCCUGACAUUCUUUUUAGCUCCACUAUUCGGAGAAUAGGGGGGGCUAUUCUACUCACCCCGACGCUGGCGUUGGCGUCGGCGUGUGCUUUCUUGGUUAAAGAUUUUCUGCAACCUUUGUUUUUCUGUCAUAUCUUUGUUACUGUUGCUUAUAUCUUACUGUUACUUCACAUAAUCAUUGUCCAGCAUACAAACAAAGUAUGUGCAGGGGCUGGGCCCAUUAUACGUAAGGUCAAGGUCACCAAGGUGUUAUACUUUGGUUAUUUUUAAGGUUAAAGUUUUUCGGCAACCUUUGUUUUUCUGUCAUAACUUUGUAACUAUUGCUUAAAUCUUACUGUAAGUUCACAUAAACAUUGUCCAGCGUACAAACAAAGUAUGUGCAGGGGCUGGGCCUAUUAUACCAAAGGUCAAGGUCACCAAGGUGUUAUACUUAGGUUAUUUUUAAGGUUAAAGUUUUUCGGCAACCUUUGUUUUUCUGUCAUAUCUUUGUUACUAUUGCUUAUAUCUUACUGUAAGUUCACAUAAACAUUGUCCAGCAUACAAACAAAAUAUGUGCAGGGGCUGGCCCAUUAUACCCAAGGUCAAGGUCACCAAGUUGUUAUACUUGGAAUUUGUCAUGUUAAAUUUUUUCGAAAGCUUUGUUUAUAGACGUAUCUUUGGUACUUUUAAAAGAUAAUGACUUGGAAUUAAAAAAAUUUCUUUAUAAUCAUCAUUUACAUGUGUGGUUACAAUCUCCAUAACUCUAAUUGUAUUUUUGACAGAAUUAUGCCCCUUUCAUAUUUAAAGUUUUUUCACAAACUUCGUUUUCUGGAUAAUAUAAGAUAAAAACUUGAAACUUAUAAUGUAUCUUUAUCAUCAUCAUCUGCAUGUGUGGUAACAAUCCCCAUAACUCCUGAUUUGUAUUUUUAACCAAAUUAUGCCACUUCCAUACUUAAAUUUUUUGACAAACUUCGUUUUCUGGACAUAACUUUGGUAUUAUAAAAGAUAAUGACUUGAAACUCCCCAAACAAUCCCAAUAACUCUGAUUUGUGUUCUUAACAGAAUUAUUGGUGUAUCUUCCUGUUAAAGUAGAGGUCUCUUAUUGAGACAUAUAUUCAUUUUACUGUAAAAUCGCAGAAUAGUGGAUCGCGCUGUCUUACGGACAGCUCUUGUUUUUUAGCUCACCUGAGCAAUGCUGUCUGUCAACAUUUAGCUUGUGUAUGCGAUAGAGGCUGUAUUUUUAACUGAUCUUCAUGAAAUUUUAUCAGAAUGAUUACCUUGAUGAAGUCUAGGCCAAGUUAGAAAAUUGGUCAUCUGGGGUCAAAAACUAGGUCACUAGGUCAGAUCAAAGAAAAACCUUGUGUAUGUGAUAGAGGCUGUAUUUUUCAACUGAUCUUCAUGAAUUUUGGUCAGAAUGAUUAUUACCUUGAUGAAAUCUAGGCCAAGUUUGAAUAUUGGUCAUCUGGGGUCAAAAACUAGGUCACUAGGUCAUAUCAAAGAAAAAGCUUGUGUAUGCAGUAGGGACUGCAUUUUAUGCCAAAUCUUCAUGAAAUUUUAUCAGAAUGUUUGUCUUGAUGAAAUCUAGGUCAAGUUUGAAUGUGGGUCAUCUGGGGUCAAAAACUAGGUCACCUGGUCAAAUCAAAGAAAAACCUUUUGUAUGUGAUAGAGGCUGUAUUUUUCAAUUGAUCUUCAUGAAUGUUGGUCAGAAUGAUUGCCUUGAUGAAAUGUAGGUCAAGUUCGAAUAUGGGUCAUCUAUGGUCAAAAACUAGCUCACUAGGUCAAAUCAAAGAAAAACCUUGUGUAUGCAAUAGGGGCUGCAUUUUACACCGGAUUUUAGUAGUUAUCUUGAAUAAUCUUUACCAUAAUCUUUGUUUUUGAAGCUUUAGCAAAGGAAUUUGUUUAAGCAAGCAACUAAACUCAGGUGAGCGAAAGAAGACCCUCUUGUUUACAGUUACACUGUAUUUGAAUGAAAAAAUACUGUUAUUGAUUAUCUAUAGAGGAUAUUUCUAUGUUUGCACAUGUUACAAACAUGUAGCUAUACUUACAUAGAAACUGAAGCUAAUCAUGCAUAUACAUAAAAAUAAACAGUGUUAACUUGA